CUGUGCCCACCCCUCUGCCUCUGCACCACCCCGCCUGCAUCCCUGCCCACAUCCCCGCAUCCCUGCCUCUGUCUGCCUGCAUCCCUGCCCAUUGCCUACAUCCCUUCCCGGCUCCCUGCCUCUAUCCCCUCGCAUUGCCUGUAUCCCUGCCUAUAUCCUUGCAGAGCCCCUGCUCGUGCCCCCGCCCGGCUGCCCAUGCCCCCCCCGCGCCCCCAGCCCCGCUGCCUGGCCGAUUUCUUCUCCUACGAGACCACCAAAUCUGUGGUGGUGAAGAGCUGGGUGGUGGGCGUCGUCAACCGGGUCGUGCAGCUCCUCAUCCUCUCCUACUUCAUCGGCUGGGUGUUCCUGCAUGAAAAGGCCUACCAGGUGCGGGACACUGUCAUCGAGUCCUCCGUGGUGACCAAAGUGAAGGGCAUCGGGAAGUAUGGCAAUCGCGUCCUGGACACAGCUGACUACGUCACCCCCCCACAGGCAGGAGACAGCGAGAAACCCCCUGAGCCCUCCUAGCCUCAUCUCAAAUAACCCGAAUAACCCCCAAAUGGCGCGGGGUUGGGGUGGGGACGGGGGUGACACAGCGUCCCCAUCACCGCAGGGCACCUCGGUCUUCGUGGUGGUCACCAAGCAGAUCCUGACAGAGAAUCAGAAGCAGGGUGUCUGCCCAGAGGUAUGGGGACACAGGGGGUGGCAUGGGGGGCAUUGGUGUGCCCCGACCCACAUACCCCCCUCUCCGCAGAGUGAAGCUGCAUACCGGUGCGCGUCCAACCGUGACUGUCAGGGGAAGGGCCGCACCACAGGCAGUGGGGUGCUGACGGGACGCUGCGUCCCCUACAACGUGACCCUGCGCACCUGUGAGAUCCGGGGCUGGUGCCCGCCCGAGGUGGACACUGUUGAUGUCCCCGUGAUGCUGGAGGCUGAAAACUUCACCCUCUUCAUCAAGAACAGCGUCCGCUUCCCGCUGUUUGGCUUCGAGAAGGCCAACCUGCCCCCCCAGGUCAGCGCAGGCGAGCUGCAGCGCUGCCGCUUCCACCCCGAGCGGCAGCCGCUGUGCCCCAUCCUGCGGCUGGGCGACGUGGCACGCUUCGCCGGGCAAGACUUCGCCUCGCUGGCUGCCACCGGCGGGGUGCUGGGCAUCAAGAUCGGCUGGGUGUGUGACCUGGACCGCGCCUGGGAGCUGUGCCUGCCCCGCUACUCCUUCACCCGCCUGGACAGCGUCACCCAGCACAGCCCCAGCUCCCCGGGCUACAACUUCAGGCACGCACGGUACUACCGCGGGCACAACGGCACCGAGCUGCGCACCCUCACCAAGGCCUUCGGCAUCCGCUUCGAUGUGUUGGUGUAUGGCAACGCUGGGAAAUUCGGCAUUGUGCCCACCCUCAUCAACACGGUGGCUGCCUUCACCUCCAUCGGCGUGGGCACGGUGCUGUGCGAUAUCAUCCUACUCAACUUCCUGAAGGGCGCCGAGCACUACAAGGCCCGCAAGUUUGAGGAGGUGCCAGAGGCCAGCGUGCCCCCGGCCACCACCAGCCCCACAGGUUGUGCUCCGGGAGCCCUGGGGGACCAGAGCCGGGAGAAGCAGUCCACUGACUCGGGCACCUUCUCCCUGGGCCUCUAGCCCUGGGUGCCAUGGGGCAGCCCCUGUCUGCAUUUGGCCCCAUGAUCUUUCUGGAGCCCCCCAGCCCUAGACCUUACCCACACUGUCACUGGGACAGGGCAAUGAGGGGCAUGUGGAGUGUGAGUGUAAAGCGUCCCCGCACCUCUAUAAAGCCAUAGCAUGCAAAGUCCCCAGCCCCAAGGUGAGGAACGGGGAUGGGGACAGUGAGGGGACACAGCCGCAAGCUGCUGAGGUUGGCAUGAGAGUGGGUGAGGGCCAGGGGGUGGCAGUGGGAAUACGGGAAAUGGGUGGCAGUGGGGAUGGUGAGCACCAGGGGUCUAGGGGAGACUGACGGAUGAGGGCUGGGGGUGAAGGACAGGAGUGAUGCUAGAGAUGCAGAGACGUGAGGGACAUAGGGUGGCACAGGGAGCCAGGGGCCGUGGGGGCAGCACAGGGGUGGGAGAGAGGAGCAGUACCUUCAGGCUCGCCUCAGAACUGUCCGAGGGGAUGUGGAGACCCCUCACUCCAAUAAAGCCUUGGUGUGCAGCUCCACGCCUGUGCCCUCUGUGUGUGAGGUUAAUGGGUGGGGGCUCUGAGGGGUGCAGGAGCCAUGGGGUGACCUGGGGUGGGGGGAGCAGUCCCCACCACCACAAGAUCCCACUGCAGCCCCCAGUAUCUUCCCCCUCGAACACAUGCUGCAACCACAUGUCGCCUAUUGCUGUGGACUGCCCCAGCUCCACCACAGCCCCAAGCCACUAACUGCCAUGCGGUGGCCUGAGGGGUGGGGGACCUGCGGGCAGUUUGGCCACUUGCCCAAGGUCACUUCCUCCCUCUGUGGUCAUGGGGCCCACAGCAGCCCAUGGCUGGCAUUGGCCCCAGAUGCCAUCAGCCACUGGGGCAGCCCUGUACCUCCAUUUCUGGGUCUUGCCAUGCCCCAAACACAUAGGGAGAUGUCCCUAACAUGCUCCGGACACUGCUGUACCUGGGAAUGCAGCCCCUCCAUGCCCACCAACUCAGGCAUGAGACAGCAGCGUGCCCUUGCCACAAUGGGAGAUUGGUACCCUGGGCUGUUGGGCAAACCACUGCCACUUCUAAUGGGGAACAGCCACUUUCCUGGCCACCCUAUGAUGGUCCUGUACCCCAAAGAGCAGUGGGGUUGUGGGGCAGGGUGGCAGUGCUUGUGGACAGGGUGGCAGGGAACAGGCAGCAUUGGAAAGGGAUCAUGGCAAGGAAUGAGGUGUCUGAAUAAUAGCCACAGGGCCACUCCAAAGGGUGACAGCAUCUGAGGCCAACAGCCGGCACUGGCCACUGUGAGGCCCUGUAACAGCGGGGAGAGGAAGUGGCCUUGGGCAAGCGGCCUAACUGUCCCUGGCCCCCUUGUGUCCCUCCAGGCCACCCUAUGGCAGUUGGUGGCUUGGGGCCAGGGCUGGGGUGGUGCAAGGCUUCAGGGGACAUGUGGCCCAGCACCCCUAUAAGGGCCAAGCCAGGCAGAGGCUCCCAGCCCCUGGGUGAGGAGCAGGGACGCUGACAGGGACAGCAGGGGGGACACAGCCCUGUGCUGCUGGGCUGGAGCUGGGAACAGGGGAAGGACAGCCCUGAGUCAGCUCCCCACCAUGCAGCCUGGACUGCUCCUUGUCCUGACCCUGCUGGGCAUGGCCUCUGCGCUCUGCCCCGCCCCCUGGCGCACCAUGGAG